CUCUCUGUCCCAGGGCGCAGGACUGACAUCAUGCCCUGGCUUUCCAUCUACGGGAGGAGGAUGCUGAGUGGAGUGGCAGCAUGAUGACGGCGGUUGGGAGGAGGAGAUUGAGCGGAGCGGCAUCAUGAUGGCGGUAGUCAGGUCGACUUAGAAACGGCAGCGGUAAAACAACACAGCACCUACUCCCCAGGCUUCAACCUGCCCUGUUCGAGACUCCAUUGUUCAAGCCGGUGGGGGGCUGCAGGCGAGCCUGCUACGUGGGGCUAUAAGGAGACGGUGGUCUAAGCCCUGUGGUGGCUACAGAAGCAGCCUCCGACCCUGUGUUACAGCACAGACCUCUUCGUGGUGUGUAGCGCCGUCUCGGACCAGGGCAGCUCUAAGGAGGCCUGGCCGGGUACACACGCACAGGUAAUUUGGGAAAAAUCGUCAAUACGUGCAGAGAACAGUUGAGUAAACAAGUCACCUAAAAUCAGAGUAAAAAGGAGUGCAUUCUUGACAUCUACCUUCUAAUCUGACUGGACCUUUAUUUUUUAAAACAUCUUAGUAUUUACAAUGAAUGGGCACAGUGAUGAAGACAUUGUAAGAAACAGUAGUGGAGAGUCAAGCCAAUCGAAUGAUGAUUCUGUGUCAGCAUCAGCUUCUGGAUCUGGUUCAACCUCUGGAAGCAGUAGUGACGGAAGUAGCAGUCAAUCAGAUAGCAGUGACUCUGAGUCUGGUUCAGAAUCAGGCAGUCAAUCAGAAUUAGAGUCUGACACAUCUAGAGAGAAGAAACAAAUUCAAGAUAAACCACCACCAAAAGUUGAUGGAUCUGAGUUUUGGAAGUUCAAUCCAAACUCUGUGGAGAGAUCAGCAGUGCUCAAGAAGCAACAACAGCAGAAGGCAACUUCAUCAGACAGUGGUUCAGAAGAGGAUUCAUCAAAUAGUGAAGGUUCUACAGAUGACUCUUCCAGUGAAACAGAGAAGAAAAAACACAGAGAUGAAGACUGGCAAAUGUCUGGGUCAGUAUCAGGAACUGAAUCUGAAUUUGAGGAAGAGAGAGAGAAAAGCAGUUGUGAAGAUAGUGAAUCUGACUAUGAGCCAAAAAGCAAGAUCAAAAGCCUGAAACCUCCAAGCAGAAUUGAGCUAAAAAAUGGCAAAAAGAUUGCAGGACAGAAAAAGAGGCAGCUUGAUUCAUCAGAUGAUGAUGACUGUGACAAGAGAGGGUCUCGUCGUCAAGCAACUGUCAAUGUUAGUUACAAAGAAGCUGAAGAAACCAAGACAGAUUCUGAUGAUUUGUUGGAAGUUUGUGGAGAAGAUGUUCCGCAGCCAGAAGAAGAUGAAUUUGAAACUAUAGAGAAGUUUAUGGAUAGUCGAAUUGGGCGCAAAGGAGCCACUGGUGCUGCAACCACUAUCUAUGCAGUUGAGGCAGAUGGUGACCCAAAUACUGGGUUUGAAAAGUCAAAGGAGCUAGGAGAAGUACAAUAUCUUAUUAAAUGGAAAGGAUGGUCACACAUUCAUAAUACUUGGGAAACCGAGGAAACACUGAAGCAACAAAAUGUUAAAGGAAUGAAGAAACUGGACAACUAUAAGAAAAAGGAUCAGGAAACAAAGCACUGGCUGAAAAAUGCUUCUCCGGAAGACGUGGAAUAUUAUAACUGCCAGCAGGAACUUACAGAUGAUCUACAUAAACAGUAUCAAAUAGUGGAAAGGAUAAUUGCUCAUUCAAAUCAGAAAUCAGCAGCUGGUUAUCCAGAUUACUAUUGCAAGUGGCAGGGUCUGCCUUAUUCAGAAUGUAGCUGGGAAGAUGGUGCUCUCAUUGCCAAAAAAUUUCAGGCAUGUAUUGAUGAGUAUUUUAGCAGAAAUCAAUCCAAGACUACUCCAUUUAAGGACUGCAAGAUUCUAAAACAGAGGCCGAGAUUUGUUGCGCUAAAGAAGCAACCAUCUUAUAUUGGAGGGCAUGAGAGUUUGGAGUUAAGAGACUAUCAAUUAAAUGGACUGAAUUGGCUUGCUCACUCAUGGUGCAAAGGGAAUAGUUGUAUUCUUGCAGAUGAAAUGGGUCUGGGUAAAACAAUACAAACAAUUUCUUUUCUCAACUACUUGUUUCACGAACAUCAACUGUAUGGGCCUUUCUUGUUAGUUGUGCCACUUUCUACCUUGACAUCUUGGCAAAGAGAGAUUCAAACUUGGGCUCCUCAGAUGAAUGCUGUGGUUUACUUAGGAGAUAUAACUAGCAGAAAUAUGAUAAGAACUCAUGAAUGGAUGCAUCCACAGACGAAGCGAUUAAAAUUUAAUAUACUUCUAACAACGUAUGAAAUUUUGCUGAAAGAUAAGUCAUUCCUUGGUGGACUGAAUUGGGUAUUUAUAGGAGUUGAUGAAGCUCAUCGUUUAAAAAAUGAUGAUUCCCUUCUCUACAAGACUUUAAUAGACUUUAAGUCUAAUCAUCGUCUUCUUAUUACUGGAACCCCUCUGCAAAACUCUCUCAAAGAGCUUUGGUCUUUGCUGCAUUUCAUCAUGCCAGAAAAGUUUGCUUCCUGGGAAGAUUUUGAAAAGGAGCAUGGCAAAGGGAGAGAGUUUGGUUAUGCGAGUCUUCACAAAGAACUUGAACCAUUUCUACUCAGAAGAGUUAAAAAAGAUGUAGAAAAGUCUUUACCUGCUAAGGUUGAACAAAUUUUGAGGAUGGAAAUGAGUGCAUUGCAGAAGCAAUAUUACAAGUGGAUUUUAACCAGGAAUUAUAAAGCCCUGAGUAAAGGUUCAAAAGGCAGUACCUCAGGCUUUUUGAACAUCAUGAUGGAACUCAAGAAGUGUUGUAACCAUUGUUACCUCAUUAAACCACCGGAUGAUAAUGAAUUCUAUAAUAAACAGGAAGCAUUACAGCAUUUAAUACGUAGCAGUGGAAAAUUAAUCCUUCUUGACAAGCUACUGAUUCGCCUGCGAGAACGUGGCAACAGAGUACUGAUUUUCUCCCAGAUGAGACUCGAUGGAUCAAUAAAAGGGGAAUUGAGGAAACAAGCACUGGAUCAUUUCAAUGCAGAAGGAUCAGAGGACUUCUGCUUCUUGUUGUCUACCAGAGCUGGAGGGUUAGGUAUAAACUUGGCAUCUGCUGACACUGUAGUUAUAUUUGAUUCUGACUGGAAUCCGCAGAAUGAUCUGCAAGCACAGGCUAGAGCUCAUAGGAUUGGACAGAAGAAACAGGUAAAUAUUUAUCGGCUAGUCACAAAAGGAUCAGUAGAAGAAGAUAUUCUUGAAAGAGCUAAGAAAAAGAUGGUGUUAGAUCACUUAGUAAUUCAAAGAAUGGACACUACAGGGAAAACCAUCCUACAUACAGGCUCUACUCCUUCCAGCUCACCACCUUUUAAUAAGGAAGAGUUAUCAGCAAUUUUGAAGUUUGGUGCUGAGGAACUUUUUAAAGAACCUGAAGGGGAAGAAGAGGAGCCUCAGGAAAUGGAUAUAGAUGAAAUCCUAAAGAGAGCUGAAACUCGAGAAAAUGAGCCAGGCCCAUUAACUGUAGGAGAUGAGUUGCUUUCACAGUUCAAGGUGGCUAACUUUUCCAAUAUGGAUGAAGAUGACAUUGAGUUGGAACCAGAACAAAAUUUAAGAAACUGGGAAGAAAUCAUCCCAGAAGUGCAGCGGCAGCGAAUAGAAGAGGAGGAAAGACAAAAAGAGCUUGAAGAAAUAUAUUUGCUCCCAAGGAUGAGAAACUGUGCAAAACAGAUCAGCUUUAAUGGAAGUGAAGGGAAACGCAAUAAGAGCAGAAGAUACUCUGGAUCUGAUAGUGACUCCAUAUCAGAAAAAAAACGACCAAAAAAACGUGGACGACCACGAACUAUUCCUCGAGAAAAUAUUAAAGGAUUUAACGAUGCAGAGAUUAGGCGGUUUAUCAAGAGUUACAAGAAAUUUGGUGGCCCACUUGAAAGGUUGGAUGCUAUAGCUAGAGAUGCUGAGCUAGUUGAUAAAUCUGAGAUGGACCUUAGAUGUCUGGGAGAACUUGUACAUAAUGGAUGCAUUAAGGCUUUAAAGGACAAUUCCUUUGGACAAGAAAGAGCAGGAGGCAGACUUGGGAAAGUUAAAGGCCCAACAUUCCGAAUAUCAGGAGUUCAGGUGAAUGCAAAACUAGUCAUCGCUCAUGAAGAAGAGCUGGCACCAUUGCACAAAUCUAUUCCUUCAGAUCCAGAAGAAAGAAAAAGAUAUGUCAUCCCAUGCCACACCAAGGCAGCUCAUUUUGAUAUAGAUUGGGGUAAGGAAGAUGAUUCCAAUCUGUUAAUAGGGAUCUAUGAAUAUGGCUACGGCAGCUGGGAAAUGAUAAAAAUGGAUCCUGAUCUCAGUUUGACACAGAAGAUUUUACCUGAUGAUCCAGAUAAGAAACCCCAGGCCAAACAGUUACAGACCCGUGCAGAUUACCUCAUUAAAUUACUGAAUAAAGACCUUGCAAGAAAAGAAGCACAAAGAUUUACUGGUGCAGGCAAUUCAAAAAGGAGGAAAACAAGAACUAAGAAGAACAAAGCAACAAAGGCUGCAAAAAACGAAGAAAUAAAAAGUAACUCCUCAUCACCCCCUUCAGAAAAAUCUGAUGAAGAUGAUGAGGAUAAUGAGGAUGAGAUUGUUUCAGUGAAACAGCCACAUAAAAAAAUAAAAGCAGAAGAAAAUGAAAAAAAUCCUGAGUCAGAUUUUGGUAUAAAGAAACAAACUGAAGAAAAAAGAGAGACGAAAGAAAAAGAAAAUAAGAGGGAUCUGAAAAGGGAGAAAAAAGAAAAAGAGGAUAAGAAAGAAUUUAAAAAAAUCAAAGAAAACAGAGACAAAUUAAAAGAAUCCACACAGAAAGAAAAAGAAGCAAAGGAAGAAAAGGUAAAUGAAAUAAAAUCUGAAAAUAAAGAAAAAAUUCAAAAAGCUUCAUUGUUGAAUAUUCCAGUUCAUAUUACUGCAACUAGUGAACCAGUUCUUAUAUCUGAAGAACUGGAUCAGAAAACAUUUGGUGUGUGCAAAGAAAGAAUGAGGCCUGUCAAAGCAGCAUUGAAACAACUGGAUAGACCAGAGAAAGGUCUUUCCGAAAGGGAACAGCUGGAGCACACUAGACAGUGCCUAAUCAAAAUUGGGGACCAUAUUACUGACUGUCUAAAGGAGUACACAAAUCCUGAACAAAUUAAACAGUGGAGAAAAAACUUGUGGAUUUUUGUCUCUAAGUUUACAGAAUUUGAUGCCAGAAAACUGCACAAGCUGUAUAAACAUGCAAUCAAAAAACGCCAAGAAUCUCAGCAACACAGUGACCAGAAUAUUAGCAGCAAUGUGAAUACACAUGUAAUUAGAAAUCCAGAUGUUGAAAGACUGAAAGAGAAUACAAACCAUGAUGACAGUAGCAUGGACAGUUAUUCUUCCGAUAGACAUUUGUCACAAUACCAUGAUCAUCAUAAGGACAGGCAUCAGGGAGAUGCUUAUAAGAGAAGUGAUUCUAGGAAAAGGUCCUAUUCAGCCUUCAGCAAUGGAAAAGACCACAGAAACUGGGAUCACUAUAAACAAGACAGAAGAUACUAUAGUGAUAGUAAACAUAGAAAGCUGGAUGACCACAGGAGCAGAGAUCACAGGUCAAACAUGGAAGGAAGUUUAAAAGACAGUCGGCCUCAUUCAGAUCAUUUUUCCUAUUCAGAACACAGGAUACAUUCAGAUCACCGUUCCACUUCAGAGUACAGCCAUCAUAGAUCUUCCAGAGAUUAUAGGUACUACUCAGAUUGGCAAAUGGACCACAGAGCUUCUGGUAGUGGCCCUAGGUCACCAUUAGAUCAGUGGUCUCCUUAUGGUUCAAGAUCUCCUUUAGGACACAGAUCUCCAUUUGAACACUCAUCCGAUCAAAAAAGUACACCUGAACAUACAUGGAGUAGCCGGAAAACAUAACAAAGACUGACAUUUUCUGGAACUUCUUUUAACCAUAUACAGUAAGCUAACACAGUAAUUGCCUUAUGUAAUUUAAAAGAUGUGGACUGGAUAUUCUCUUAGUAGCGGUAUUGUUACUUCUUUCCAGGGUGCAAGGUCUAUUAUCACAAGAAAAAAUAUUUUUGUAUCUAAAGUGUAUGCUGCACUGUGCUGCAAAUAUUGUGGCACUUUUCUUUUUUUUCUCCUCUAUUUACCAAGAAGUGAUAAAUGUUUACGUUUACAGGAAGCCUAGUACUGCCCCAUUCAUAGAGGAUCUAAUGAAACUGUAUUUAGGCCAAAAAAAGUUUAAAUUCUGUUUGCAAAUGAAUUUUUAAGCACUGGCCUGUGAUCAUGUUUCAAGAGUGAAUGAGAAGUUUGUUUUGCUUUCUCAAUAAAGAAUUCUCAAGGAUUUUUAUUCACUUUUCAAAGCUGUAUGUUUACAUUGUACACUGCAACCACGCUUUUCAUCACAAGCUUGAAUACUUAAAUUCUGUGCCUAUAAAUGUAAACUAGCCAGAAUUUCUCCUGUUUGUGAUCAGUUGUUAUAAUGCCUUUUUACAAAAUAAAAUAAAUGGCUGUAAAAUAUUGCAAACUAAUUAAAUGAGCUUGCUUUUUUAUAA